AUGCUCAACAUGAGCCGGCAAGGUGUGCUGGCAGCCCCAAAAUGCAAACGGUGUCCUGAGCUGCAUCAAAAGAAAUGUGGUCAGCAGGUCGAUGCAGAAGCUUCACUCCCUUGCCCUGUCUUGGGUUCACCCGUGAAGAUAUUUGCUCCCAAUAUUGAGCAAAGGGAUGUAGUCAAUCACCUAAAAGGAAGUCCAGCAGAAGAGAAGAGAAAUGUGUUAGUCGAAAGUGCCAGAUUGGCAAGAGGAAACAUUCAGGAUUUGGCUGAACUGAAAGCCAGCGAAUUUGACGCAGUCAUUUUCCCUGGUGGUUUUGGUGUAGCAAAGAACUUGUGUUCCUGGGCUGUAGAUGGCAAGAACUGUACUGUUAAUGAGCAUGUGAACACCACACUCCAGGCUUUCCACAGUGCUAAAAAACCUAUUGGUUUGUGCUGUAUAUCGCCAGUUCUGGCAGCUAAAGUCUUUCCUGGCUGUGAGGUUACCGUCGGCCAAGAUAAAAACAUAGAUGGAAGAUUUCCUGAUGCUGAAACAGCAUCUGCUAUAGCAGAGCUUGGUUGUAAGCACAUUUGCAAAAAUGUAAAUGAAUCCCAUGUGGAUAAAGCUAAUAAAAUAGUUACUACCUGUGCUUUCAUGUGCAAGGCUCCUCUGCAUGAAAUCUUUGAUGGAAUUGGAACAAUGGUACAAGAAGUCCUGAAACUUGCCUAACUGGAAGCGUAUAGACCUCUGCAAGGAAACCAGUUUAGCUAAACAUAAGCAUUUAGUUUCAUUUGAUUGUAUUAAUAAAAUAAUGCAAUUGCUAAACCUCACAGUU